GAAUUACUCUCAUUGUGGCUCUGAUCUUCGAAGAGAACGUAACAAGUUUCUUUUUAAUGGUGUUUCGGUUUCCUCCUGGACCGUGAAGAAACCGAAAAUUUUUUACCGAUGAAGGAAUGAUCGAGCUCCUGGCUUCUAUAGAGGGCGUAGUAUUAGCUUCUAAAAUGGCGACUUCCAACAUCAAGUUGCCGAGGAGAUUACCAUUAUUAAUUAUUGAUGGCGUAUUAUUUCCCGGUGCAUCUAUUCGAAUUCCAGUUUCAUCUGAAAAAAAUAUGAAUAUGGUAAGAAAUCAUUUACUAAGUCGGAGCACCUUAAGCAGUGCCAUCAUAGGAGUAGUUCCAAGAGAAAUACGAUCCUCUGAUGAAGAUGAUGGAAAUGUUUUACAUUCAAUUGGAACAGCUGGUAUUGUUAUUCAAGUUACUGGAACUAAUUGGCCAAGACCUGCUUAUACAUUGCUUGUUACCGGUUUAUGUCGUUUUAAGUUAGAAAGAAUCACAGAAAAAUCGCCAUAUCUUAUAGCCAGUGUUCGUCAGUUGGAUAGAUUGCCCGGUGAAGAAUCUGCUGAGCUCGAUGAACCAAAUACUGAAUUGUCAGAUCUUAUGGAACAGUUUCGAGAGCAGGCAACAAAACUCAUUGAUAUGCUUGAUUUAUCAUUACCUGCUGUUGUAAGAUUAAAACGUUUAUUAAAUUCUUUACCCACGGAGAGCUUGCCUGAUGUGUGUGCUGCUAUUGUUAGAGCCUCUCAUACAGAAAGACUACAAAUACUAGAUGCUGUUGACUUAGCCGAGAGAUUUAAAAAAACUCUUCCACUGUUAGUGAGACAGAUUGAGGGCUUACAGCUAUUACAAAAGGCUCGAAAAGAAGACAUUGGACCUUUAGACUUUACUAAAAUACCUUUUCCCAGAGGUAAAUUCUUUAAUGAUAUGGAUAAGGAAGAUGAAAUUGCAGCACUCGAAAAGAAAGUAAGGGAAACUGACAUGCCUGAACAUGCUAAAAAAAUUUCCCUCAGAGAAAUACAGAGACUUAAGAAAAUGCCACCUCACAUGCCAGAUCAUGCAGUUACUCGGAAUUAUAUUGAACUCAUGACUGAGCUUCCAUGGUCUAAACAGUCUCCUGAAGUUAUUGAUAUAAAUAAAUCCAGGAAAGAUUUAGAUGCUGAUCAUUAUGGUAUGGAUAAACUGAAGAAAAGGGUUUUAGAGUAUUUAGCUGUGCGGCAACUUAAAAAUGCACUGAAAGGGCCAAUACUUUGUUUUGUUGGACCACCUGGGGUUGGUAAAACUAGCGUUGGCCGAUCUAUUGCCAAGUCAUUGGGGAGAGAAUUUCACAGGAUAUCUUUGGGCGGAGUGUGUGACCAGUCUGAUAUAAGAGGACACCGAAGAACAUACAUUGGUUCUAUGCCUGGGAGAAUCAUCCAAGGAUUGAAAACAGUUGGUGUAAAUAAUCCAGUAUUUCUCUUAGAUGAAAUAGAUAAAAUGAGUACUGGAAUCCAUGGUGAUCCAGCUGCUGCGUUGUUGGAAGUUUUAGAUCCAGAGCAAAACUGCAAUUUUACUGAUCACUAUUUGAAUGUACCUUUUGAUCUUUCUCAAGUACUUUUUAUUGCAACAGCUAAUACUAUUAACACAAUUCCGCCAGCAUUGUUGGACAGAAUGGAGAUUAUAACUGUACCUGGUUAUACUCAUGAUGAAAAAGAAAACAUAGCUCGUGAUCAUUUAGUUCCUAAACAACUGAAGGAACAUGGUCUUACUCCAGAUGUACUACAGUUUACAGAUGAAGCCAUAAGAACUAUCAUUUCUAAAUACACAAGAGAGGCUGGUGUUCGAGGAUUGGAAAGGAAGAUAGGUGCUGUGUGUCGUGCAGUUGCUGUAAAGGUUGUUGAAAAGCAAUCAUCCAUUCUUAAAGAAAGUUCUGUUGCGGAUAAUCAGAAGAGGUAUUCAAGAGAAGAAGUUCCACAAGAGAUUGGGAAUUUAACCUUGAGUCCAAUACCAACACCCCCAGAGCUUCCUUUUAUUUUGGAUGCAGAAGCUGUUAUUGAUAUAUUAGGAACACCUAUAUUUGACAAUGAGAUUACAGGACGUCUAGGCCAGCCAGGUGUUGCAGUUGGAUUAGCAUGGACAUCUGCUGGUGGCCAAAUUAUGUAUGUUGAAGCUACAAAAAUUGAAGGAGAUGGACAGUUGAUACUUACUGGUCAGCUUGGUAGUGUCAUGAAAGAAUCUGCUCAAUUAGCUUUGAAUUUAGUUCGUUCACAUCUUUAUGAGUAUGGAAUAAAAAUUAGCAAUGGUACAGAUUUGAUGGAAAACACUGACAUUCAUAUUCAUUUUCCUGCUGGUGCUGUUGGUAAAGAUGGACCUUCAGCUGGUGUUACUAUUUUUAUUGUAUUAGUUUCUUUGUUCACUGGACGUAUAGUCAGGUCUGAUGUAGCAAUGACUGGUGAAAUAACUCUCCGUGGCUUAAUUUUACCUGUUGGAGGAAUAAAAGAAAAAGUACUUGCUGCCCAUAGAGCAGGUAUGAGAAGUGUAAUCUUGCCUAGUCGGAAUGAAAAGGAUCUAGCUGAAGUUCCACAAUCGGUUAAGAAUGACAUGAAUAUUUAUUUAUGUUCACAUGUGGAUGAAGUAUUGCAAGCAGCUUUUGAUGGUGGCUUUGUUAUAUCUUCAAAACCAUCUGAACACUUAAAAAGUAAACUGUGAUAACACAUUCAUGACCUAUUUCUGUUAUAUAGAUUAUUUGGCAUGUGCUGUUGAUUUUUUUUUAAUCUAAGAGACAAAUGUAAAGAAUGUUUUAUAUUUAAUAUCUAAUUUACAAAUUUUAUUGUAUUGUCUUUUAUGUUUAAAUGACUAAAUCUUUGAUGUA